AAUUUAAAACAAAAAAAAUGUCCAGCGCUGUUGUUGAGACAUUCUUAGCUAAAAAGAAUGUACGUCACAAACACGACAGGACAGAGCAAUCCAUAAGGAAAGAGAAGAGGAAGGUGUUUAUGUACAACUGACCGGAAGUUUUGGCAGGACGCCACUACAGGCCCCGGCGAGACACAACACGCCACUGUGCUUUAAGUUUGACUUAGGACAGCAGAAGAAGAAGAGGAGGAGGAGGGAGAGAAGGGGAGAAAGGGGAGAAGGAAGGAGGAGUAUCCACAUGGAGAGAGUUCGGGGUCAACUCCUGGGAAAGUUUCGGCAUUCACUUCAAACUGCGCUGCAGGACCCGGACUCCAGGCUCCAGAUUUCCAGGCUUCAGGCUCCAGGCUGCCGCAGAGAUGAAGCGGCCGUUGCUCUCGCUUUGUACCGCGAUGCUUUUGCAGCUGUGCUGUGCUCAGCAGAGAGGUCUGUUUCCUGCCGUCUUGAACUUAGCGUCCAUGGCAGACAUUACGGCCAACGCCACCUGUGGCUCCAUGGGUCCAGAGACGUUCUGUAAACUGGUGGAACACGUACCAGGUCAGCCUGUGAGGAACGCUCAGUGUCAGACCUGCGACCAAGACAAACCCUCAGAACGCCAUCCCAUCGAAUACGCCAUCGACGGGACGAACCGUUGGUGGCAGAGUCCCUCCAUCAAGAACGGCAUGGAGUAUCACUACGUGACCAUCACACUGGACUUGAAACAGGUCUUCCAGAUCGCCUAUGUGAUCGUGAAGGCAGCCAACUCACCUCGUCCUGGUAACUGGAUCUUGGAGCGAUCGAUAGACGGCGUGACCUUUGAACCCUGGCAAUACUACGCCAUCACCGACACCGAGUGUCUGACGCGGUUCAACGUCAAUCCGCGCAGAGGACACCCGUCCUACACCAGAGACGACGAAGUCAUCUGCACCUCCUUUUAUUCCAAGAUUCACCCGCUGGAGAACGGAGAGAUCCAUGCGUCUCUGGUCAAUGGACGACCCAGUGCUGAUGACCCCUCGCCGACCCUGCUCAACUUCACCUCCGCUCGCUACAUCAGGCUGGUGCUUCAGCGAAUCCGAACGCUCAACGCCGAUCUCAUGACGCUGACACUGCGCGACCCCAGAGAGGUCGAUCGGAUCGUAACGAGACGGUAUUAUUAUUCUCUCAAGGACAUCUCCGUCGGAGGGAUGUGUAUCUGUUACGGCCACGCCAAAGCCUGUCCCCUCGACGCAGAGACAAAGAAAUUCAGCUGCGAGUGCGAGCACAACACAUGCGGGGAGAGCUGUGAUCGUUGUUGUCCUGGUUACCACCAGCAGCCCUGGAUGGCGGGAACCUUCCUCACUCGUCACAUCUGUGAAAAGUGUAACUGUCACCAUAAAGCAGAGGAGUGUUACUUUAACCAAACAGUGGCCGACCUGUCCCUCAGUCUGGACACUCACGGCCAACGCAGAGGGGGCGGUGUUUGCAUUGGUUGCCGGGACAACACCGCGGGAAUCAACUGUCAGACCUGCGUCCCUGGAUACUACAGACCUGCUGAGGUGAGGGCGGAGGAGGAGGAUCCAUGCGUCCCCUGCUCAUGUGACCAUCACGGCUCCAUCAGCCAAUCCUGUGUGGGAGACUCCCGCCUGGCCACUCCCUCCCAUCCACCGGGGUCAUGCCACUGUAAGGAGGGUUUCGGAGGUCCACGCUGUGACAGGUGUGCAGUGGGCUACAUGGGCUACCCUACCUGUCAGCGCUGUAACUGCAGCGUGGAAGGAAGCAGCAACGACGACCCGUGUGUAUCGCCGUGCAUGUGCAAGGAAAACGUAGAGGGAGAAAACUGCGACCGCUGUAAACUGGGCUUCUACGAUCUUCAAGGUGACAACCCACGUGGUUGUGAGAAGUGCUCCUGCAUGGGCGUGUCCACCCAGUGCUCCGCCUCCACCUGGGCCUAUCAGAACGAGACCACACUGACAGGCUGGCACCUGGUUGGUGAAACUGGAGGAAGGGUGUGGUCCGUGCACAGAGACACGCCCCCAUAUCUGAGCGUCCGACACGCAGACGUCGCCAGAGAUCUUGGCUCCGCCUACUACUGGAACGCACCCGGACUUUACCUGGGAAACAAGAUCACAGCCUACGGGGGGAGUGUGGUUUACACUGUGUCCUACACCACAGAGCAGAGAGAACAGACGGGGGUGAGAGUGACCUCCGAGGCUGACCUCAUCAUAGAGGGUGGCGGGAUGAAGCUGGUGGACUGGAGGUUCAGAGAGCCCGUCUACCCGCCCUCACCCAGCACCCAUCGCAUCGUUCUCCUGCCGCAGAACUUCGUGGUUUCAGGCACGGGGAGAGCCGUUAGUCGCCGGGAGUUCUUGUCGGUCCUGGCUAACGUGACCAGUUUGAUGGUGCGAGCCUCCUACAGCACAGAACACAGUGCCAUCUACAGACUGCACCUAUUUACAAUGCAGGUGGGAACUCCGACUGCACAGGGAGAGGGGAGAGCAUCAGCUAUAGAAGUUUGUUCUUGUCCUCCUGGAUAUGCUGGAACGUCCUGUGAGACGUGUGUUCCUGGUUUCCGAAGGGUUAACGGACUUCUCUAUGGUGGUGUCUGUGAAGCCUGUGACUGUCAUGGACACGCUACACAUUGUGACCAGUUCACAGGUCACUGUCUGGAGUGCCUUCACCGCACCUUUGGACCUAACUGUGACUCCUGCUUAUGGGGUUACUACGGUGACGCCACCCGGGGGUCACCUGAAGACUGUCAGCCUUGCUCCUGCCCGCUCAAUCUUCCCAGCAACAACUUCAGUCCCACCUGUCACCUGAGUGUGGACGGAGAGCUGCAGUGUGACCAGUGUCAGCCGGAAUAUACAGGACCACGAUGUGACAGAUGUGCCAACGGAUACUACGGGACGCCCGCUGUACCAGGUGACUUGUGCGAGCCCUGCGCCUGCCACGGCAAUCUGGACCUGUCCCUGCCUGGCAGCUGUGAUCCAAUAACGGGGCAGUGUCUGCGCUGCCGGCCGGGUUACGGGGGGGCGACGUGCGAGAGCUGUGCUGAUGGGUUUUACGGAGACGCCAUCACGGCCAAGGACUGCAGACCCUGUCAGUGUCACACCAAUGGCUCUGUAGAUGAACUGUGUAACAAACAGACUGGAGCGUGUCGCUGUAAGGAGAACGUCGUUGGUCGACAGUGUGACGAGUGCAUGGCUCAGACCUUUGGCAUCUCCACACGUGGACAGUGUGUCCCCUGUCACUGUAACUCCUUCGGUUCCAAGUCCUUUGACUGCGAUGAAACGGGUCAGUGUCGGUGUCAGCCCGGAGUCACUGGACCCAAAUGCGACCGCUGUUCACGAGGAUUCUUCAACUUCCAGGAGGGAGGCUGCACACCCUGUGAUUGUAAUCACGUGGGAAACAACUGCGACGCCAACACCGGACAGUGCAUCUGUCCUCCCAACACCAUCGGGGAGAGGUGCGAUCGCUGCGCUCCCAACCACUGGGGCCACGAUAUCAUCACAGGAUGCAAGGAGUGUGGCUGCAGCGUCGUGGGCUCGCGAGCUGUUGCCUCCGUGCAACUUGCCCGUGAGCCCGGACGGUUUGAGCCUCGUCUGCUCCCUUAUUUCCCACAGUGCACCCAGUGUGAGUGUAACGUGGCCGGAUCAGACGGUCAGACCUGUGACCCGGAGAGAAAGGUCUGCGCCUGUGCCGACCGGACGGGAAAAUGCAGCUGCAAGGAAAAUGUAGAGGGACACAACUGUGAGCACUGUAAACCCAACACAUUUGGGUUGUCGGUGCGAAAUCCACUGGGCUGCAGCAAGUGCUACUGCUACGGACUCACACACUUCUGCAACGAGGCAGAAGGACUGAUCAGGAUGUGGUUAACACUAAAGCCUGAACAGACAGUGCUCCCCCUGGUGGACAAAUCCAACACAGUUGAGACGAGGAGGGGAGUGAGUUUCCAGCACCCAGACAUCUUGGCCAACGCAGACGUGGUUUCAUCCGCCCUCUCUGAGCCCUUCUACUGGAGACUGCCUGAGCAGUUCAGAGGCUCCAUGAUCACGGCCUACGGGGGACAGUUAAAGUACGCCGUGUACUACGAGUCCAGAGACGAGACUGGACCCUCCUCCUACGAGCCGCAGGUCAUCGUGAAGGGCGGUCCAAACCAUGACAUCGUCAUGACCCGCCAGGUACAGGGGAUCCAGAUUGGUCAGCUGACCCGCCAUGAGAUCGACAUGACAGAGAUGAUGACGAUUUUAAAAACACGUUAUAAUGUAAUAUUUAUUACAUGGUCUGAUGUUGUCGUCCGUUUGAUGCUGAUGAAUUUUUCCUUCUGUUCUGGUUCCGUCAGUAUUUCAGAGAUCAGUCUGACCGUGGCUGAAGAAGGUCGACCAACCAGGGAGAGCGGGCAGGCCCAUCAGAUAGAGAAAUGCAACUGUCCCAUUGGCUACGCUGGACUUUCCUGUGAGGAGUGUGCUGCAGGUUUUUACCGUCUUCGCACAAACAGCCCAGCACCUGCUCCAGGAGUCAGAGCGCCCAAUGCAGCCGGCAUGGGCAGCUGUGUCCAGUGCCAGUGCAGCGGGCACUCGUCCACCUGUGACCCCGAGACCUCCAUAUGCCAGAACUGUCAGGACAACACAGAAGGAGACCGAUGUGAGCGCUGCGCUCCAGGGUUCUAUGGAAUAGUCCGAGGUUCUCCCGAUGACUGUAAACCCUGUGCCUGUCCACUGACCAGCCCAGGGAACAGUUUCAGUCCCACCUGUGUGGCUGAGGGAUUUAACGACUACCGCUGCACCGCCUGUCCUGAAGGAUACGAGGGAAAGCACUGUGAGAGGUGUGCCACCGGUUACCAUGGCAACCCCAGCAUGCCAGGCGGCCGCUGUGAGGAGUGUAAGUGUACUGCCUGGGGGGCGUUGCCCGGACCGUGCGACCCUGUCACGGGCCAGUGCCGUUGCAGGGUGGGGGCGUCGGGAAGGCUGUGUGACCAGUGCAUGGAAAGGCAUGUGUGUGGAGCGUCCGGAAUCAUCUCCUGUGAUGACGAGUGCUCCGGUCUCCUGAUCAGCGACAUGGACCGUCUGUAUCGCAUCAUCACUGAUGUCACUCUGACCACGCCGCUCCCGCCUCCUUAUAAGAUGCUGUACCGCUUUGAGAACAUGACUGAGGAACUCAAGCACAUGCUGUCGCCUCAGAAAGCUCCAGAGAGGUUACUGCAGCUGGCCGACUCCAACAUGGGCUCUCUGGUGGUUGAGAUGGACCAGCUGCACAGCAGGGCCACUAAGGUGUCUGCGGAUGGAGAACAGGUUGAAGACGAUGCUGACAGGAUUCAUAAACGAGCUGAAGACCUGGAGCAGUUCAUCAGGGACACGCUGCUGGGAGCUCAAGAGCUGCAGCUGAAGGCAGCGGAGUUGAACCAGACCCUCUCACGCAGAGAUGGAGCUCCAGACAAAAGCCUGAACCAAAUGAAGCAGGAGAUCCAGGCCAUGCUGGCUGAGAUGAGACAACGACAGCUGGGGGGGAAGAAGGGCAUCGCCGAGGAGGAGCUGGAGCUCGCCGAGGAGCUGUAUCAGAAAGUCAAAAGAUUAUUCGGCGACCCCCAUCAGGCCACAGAAGACCUGAAAGCUGAGAUAAAAGGGAAACUCAUGGACCACGAGGGGAAGCUGGAGGAGGCUGAGGAGCAGCUCCACGCUGCGCAGGGACAGACCAGGCAGGCCGGGUCGCUGGCUGAACAGAACCAGGCUAAUCUGGCCGCCCUGGAGAGGAAGCGUUCUGCUGUAGGACUGGUCAAAAAGGAGGCGCAGGAGGUUCUGGGAGAAGGAGAACGUCUGCUGGAUGAAGCGAACCAGCUCUCUGACAACAUCAACAAAGAAGUGGAGGACCUGGAGGAGAUGACCAAUCAACUGGGUCCUCUUCAUAACCAGCUGGACAAGAAAGUCAGUCACCUGACCCAGGGAUUGACCGUGGGUUUGACCAAUCACGUGCGUGAUGCUGAGGAGCACGCCCAACAGCUGAAUCAAUCUGCAGCCAUUUUGGACAGUAUUUUGGCAGAAGCCAAAAAUCUGUCCUUCAACGCCACUGCUGCCUUCAAGGCCUACAGUAACAUUAAAGCCAACGUGGAUGAAGCAGAGAAAGAGGCAAAGUUGGCCAGACAGAGGGCGAGCGAGGCGCUGGCUCUGGCCUUGGGUCCAGAGGUCCCGGUGAAGGAGGAAGCUCAAGCUGCUCUUCAGAAGAGCCAGAGGCUGCUGAAACAAGCUAAACAGCUGCAGAAUGAUGUCAGAGAGAAUGCAGACAGCGUUGCGGGGCUGAAGGGCAGAGUCAAAGCUGCGAGGGACAAAAGCAAAGACCUGCUGAAAGCUGUGAAUGGAACCAUGGCAACACUCAACGCUUUACCCAACGACACUUCAGUUAAGCUAGCAGCCACCAAGGCUGUAGCCGCAGAUGCUAACGCCACGGCCAUCGACGUCCUGGACCGACUCGGGGAUUUGAAUCUGCGAAUCCACGGCUUACAGCGGAACUACAGCGAGCUGGAGGACACGGUGAACGCAGCCAAUCAGAUGAUCCAGGACCCUGAGAAAAACACCAUCAUCCACGCUGCUGGAGCUAAAGUCAAAGAUCUGGAGGAUGAGGCCGAUAGGCUGCUGGAGAAGCUGCAGCCAAUCAAAAAGCUGCAGGACAAUUUGAAGCGGAACAUCUCUCAGAUCAAGGAGCUGAUCAACCAAGCCAGGAAACAGGCCAACUCGAUCAAAGUUUCCGUGUCGUCGGGCGGCGACUGUCUCCGUAGUUACAGACCUGAGAUCAGGAAGGGUCGGUACAACACCAUCGUCCUUCACGUGAAAACCACCACACCUGAUAACCUGCUCUUCUACCUGGGCUCGGCCAAAUAUGUUGAUUUCCUGGCCUUGGAGAUGCGUAAAGGGAAGGUGAAUUUCCUGUGGGACGUGGGGUCAGGGGUCGGCCGGGUGGAGUACCCCCAUGUGACCAUCCACGACGGGAGCUGGCACCGAAUAGAGGCGUCUCGGAACGGCUUGAACGGAACCAUAUCAGUAUAUCCCCUGGAAGGCACCAUGGCUGGUAUGAUGCCGACCCCGGCGAGCGCCAACUCACCCACGACCUACACUAUCCUGGACGUGGACCAGAACGCCUACCUGUUCGUAGGAGGAAUAGUGGGAACUGUCAAGAAAGCAGAUGCUGUGAGAACGUCAACCUUCACAGGCUGCAUGGGCGAGACCUUCCUGGAUGGUAAACCCAUUGGUCUGUGGAACUACAGAGAGAGGCAGGGAGACUGUAAGGGCUGUGUUGUCAGCCCCCAGAGGUCAGACAGUGAAGGGACAGUCCAGCUGGACGGUGAAGGUUACGCUGCCGUGGGACGACCCACCAGAUGGAACCCCAACGUUUCCACCAUCACCUUUAAGUUCCGCACCUUCUCCUCUGAGGCUCUGCUCAUGUAUUUGGCCACUGAAGAUAUGAAGGACUUCUUGUCUCUGGAGCUGUCAGAGGGCAAGGUGAAAGUGAACUUUGACCUGGGCUCAGGGGUUGGCAGUGCCAUAUCGACCAAUCGCCACAAUGACGGAAGCUGGAAAUCCAUCACCAUGGCCAGAAACAAGAAACAAACCACGGUGACUGUCGUGGACAUCAACACCAACGCCGAGGAGAACAUUGUAGCCACAUCUCAAGGUUCAGCGACCGGUCUGAACCUCAAGGAAAACCAGAAGAUAUAUUUUGGAGGUCUGCCGACCAUCGGGAACUACAGCAUAAAAGCCAGAUCAGAGAUUACGCUGAAAAGAUACGCAGGUUGUCUCCGGGAGAUCGAAGUUUCCCGGACGCCCUAUAAUCUCCUCAGCAGCUCAGAUUACACCGGCGUGACUAAAGGCUGCAACGUGGAGAACCUCUACACUGUGAGCUUCUCUAAGCCAGGAUACAUGGAGCUGAGUGGACUCUCGCUGACCGUGGGCACGGAGAUCAGCCUGUCCUUCAGCACUCUGUCAGACACCGGGACCAUCCUGUUGGCAGUGGGCGGAGCCUCACCCCAGGGCCUGCAGACUCGUAACACAAACGCCUUUGGCUCCAAGAGGAGACGUCGGCAGUCAGGAGAGCCCUACCUCUCAGUCAUGCUGAACAAAGGCUCCCUGGAGGUGCUGGUGUUUACCGGCAGCCACAGCCCCCGCCGUGUCAUCAGACGACCUGAGCUGGGAAUCCUGAAUGAUGGGAAGGAGCACUCGCUUCGCAUAGAGAGACUGGCUGGAAGAUCAUUCGCUGUCCAAGUUGAUGAAGAAGCCAAGAGAGAGGCGACCCUUCCCAACGACCAGCCAAUGGCCUUGCAGCGUGUCUUCCUGGGCGGUAUUCCCGUGGCGGUGGAGCAGACGUCCAACAGAGCCAACGUCCCGUUUGAAGGAUGUAUUUGGAACCUCAUGGUCAACGCCGUCGUGGCCGACUUCUCCCAGCCCGUGUCCUUCGAGAACGCUGAAAUCGGCCGGUGUCCCAACCUCGCCCCUGAAGCGCCUCUCCUUCCUCUGCCCCCCCUGACUGAAGUGGAGGAGGAGGAGGCCCGGCAGCCCGAGACGCUUGGUCCUCCUCCAACCCCAACUCCUGCUCCAGGUCCGGAGCCUCCUGCUGAGGCCACGCCCCCUGCUCCUCCUGCUGCUGCUACGCCCUCUGCUGCUACAGCCCAGACCGCUACUACACAGGAUCCCAGCGCUCACCUGGACUCCUGUGAGUCGGCCGCGGCUCCCGUGGCCCUGAAGGAGGCCCAUCAGUUCGGACUGAGCCGGAACAGCCACAUGAGCUUCGCUUUUGACGACACCAAAGUCAGAGAGAGGCUCAUCCUGGAGUUUGAGCUGAGGACAAAGGAAGAGUCUGGACUGGUUCUGUACAUGGCCAGGAUCAACCACGCUGACUUUGUCUCCAUCCAGAUCAAGGAGGGACAGGUGUGUCUGGGUUACGACCUCGGUCAUGGAAACAUCUCUGGCUGCGUUCCUUUCUCCAUCAACGACGGAAACUGGCACAAGAUCCGAGUGAGUCGUAACAAGCAGCGAUGUCUCCUGAUGGUGGACGGACGCUACAGUAAACAGAUGAUCAGUCCAAAGAAGGCCGACCUGUUGGACGUGGUGGGGGUGUUGUACGUUGGUGGUCUACCUCAGAACUACACCACCAAGAGGAUCGGACCGAUUCUCUACAGCAUCAACGGCUGCAUCCGUAACAUGAAGAUGGUGGGCGGAGCCGUGAGCGCCAAGUCACCCACCGCAGGUCGCACGGAAGCCAUCGUUGAAGACUUUAAACUGGACAUGGCUGCGCCCAGCGCCAGUCACAUGGUGGGAAGGUGCUUUGUUGCCACGGAGACGGGAACUUACUUUGAAGGCACAGGAUUCGUGAAAGCGGUAGCUAACUACAGAGUGGGUCUGGACGUGUCCAUUGGGCUGGAGUUCAGAACCAGCAGAACCAACGGAGUUCUGUUGGCCGUCAGUAACCAGGCCAGCGAUGGACUGGGCCUGGAGAUAGUCAACGGCAAGCUGCUCUUCCACGUUGAUAACGGAGCCGGACGCUUCACGGCGGAGUACGAGCCCACGGGCGGCGGCUUCUGUGACGGCCAAUGGCACUCGGUGACUGCCAAUAAAUUGCGCCACAAGGCGGAGUUGGUGGUGGACGGGAAUAAGAGCCAAGCGGAGAGCACGAACGCUCGGUCCAACACCUGCGACACAAACGACCCUCUCUACGUCGGAGGAUUUCCAAGUGGAGUUCGUCAGGCCGCUCUCUCCACCAGCAGGUCCUUCAGAGGUUGCAUGAAGAACCUGAAGAUCACCAGAGCUUCCAAGACCAUGGACGUCCACUUCAACAAGGCUGUGGAGAUCAGAGGCGUCCAGCCUCUGUCCUGUCCCGCAGACGCCGUGGCUGCGUAACAGCGUCGGACUGUGUCCUCCUCCUGUAACCACUAACACUUUAACUGGGAAUGGUUUUUGACUGUGUUUGUUUUAGGAGUGAAGAACAGCAGAUGAGAAUGUCAAACAUGUCUGCCUGUGUUAACAGAUUCUAAGAUUUGGAGCAUUUCUGUCUGAGAACAGGAGCAGAAAUAUACGUGACCUUAAAGCUAACCUCACUCUGUAACAGACCAUGUGACAGUGAGUACAAUGUGAAGGCAAUAAAGUCUCUGCUGCAGUAAAG